UGCAAGGCCCAGGUCCCUGGAAAGGGUCUCAUGGCCGCGGCAGAGGCACAGACAGACCCGGCACUGGCACCAGUGACCUUCAAGGAUGUGGUUGUGACCUUCACCCCGGAGGAGUGGGAAUUACUGGAUCCGGCUCAGAGGACCCUGUACCGGAAGGUGAUGCUGGUGACCUACAGGCUCCUGGUCUCACUGGGGCAUCCUGUUCCCAAACCAGAACUGACCUACCUGUUGAAUCCUGGGCAAAAGCUAUGGAUGGUGAAGAGAGGCUUUUCCCAAAGCUCUUCCUCAGGUGACAAAGCAAAAACCAAGACCACAGAGACUACUGCUUCUCAGCCAGCCUUGUUUGAUGGAUGCUUAGUCCAAACGUCACUGACUCAGGAAGGCUUCAGUGUUUCUACUUUGGGGCAAGCCAGGAAACCAGAAGGAGUAUCAGAAAAGCAGGGAGGGCACCUGAGGACAGGAACAGUCCUUCACAAGAAAACCCUCCCUGGAAAGGUGAACCCUGACUGUGGUGACUUGGAAAUACGUGACAGUCUGUGUUCAAAAGAUUUACAGGAUAGAGUGUCUACAGCAAAUGCUUCUCAUGAGUGUGAGUCAUGUGGAUCAAGGGAAGGCCCGUUGUUUCAUGGAGGGAAGAAUGCCUACAGAUGCAAAGCAUGUGGGAAAGGGUUUGUCAAGAAUCACUUCCUUGUUCAACAUCAGCAAAUUCACACUAGAGUACAACCCUAUAAAUGCAAAAAAUGUGGGAAGCCCUUUCUCAAGAAAGCAGACCUCACUGGACACUACAGCAUUCACACUGGGGAGAAACGCUAUGGGUGCGUCGAGUGUGGGAAAGCCUUCAGCCGCAGGUCACACCUCACGGAGCACCAGCGGAUUCACAGUGGAGAGAAACCCUUUGUAUGCAUCGAGUGUGGGAAAGCCUUCAGCCGCAGGUCACACCUCACGGAGCACCAGCGGAUUCACAGUGGAGAGAAGCCCUUUGUGUGCCUCGAGUGUGGGAAAGCCUUCAGCCGCAAGUCACACCUCAUGGAGCACCAGCAGAUUCACAGUGGAGAGAAGCCCUAUGUGUGCAGUGAAUGCGGAAGGGCCUUUGCCCACCAGUCUGAUUUCAUUUGGCAUAAGAGAACCCACGCUGGAGAGAAACCCUUUGAGUGCAAAGAAUGUGGGAAAGCGUUUAGUGACAGCUCUUCUGUAACUCGACACAUGAGGUGUCACUCUAAGGAGAAGCCUUAUGAGUGCAGUGAGUGUGGAAAGAUCUACAGCUACAUCUCAACCCUCACACAUCAAAAGAUUCAUAGUGGGGUGAAAUCCUAUGAGUGUAAGAGAUGUGGAAAGGCCUUUUACCAGAAGGCAGAGCUCAGACAACAUCAGAGAUCUCAUACUGGGGACAGACUUUUCUAAAGUAACUAUUGUGGCAAAUAGUUUGGCCAGAGGAAAAAUGUUCCUUGGCAUAUGAGAGUUCAUACCCAAGAGAGGCCCUGGCCUCCCUCACAUGCUCAGUUCUUGCUUGACUGUGGUGUUACCUUUAGCUAGAGCUGAGCCCUUGCACUGCAGAAAUGGAGGCCAGUCUCUCCCAAAACAUGACUUGGUUCUCAGCAGAGGGACCUUCUUUCCACACCUGAAAGCUCUUUGCUAUGACGUGGUCCAUACAGAGACCUGGGACUAUUUGUCCCAGAGCAGGAGUGGUAUGCAUUCCAGUGGAUGAAGGACCCCCUUCCCUAAUGGUCUGUGUCUCCCCGUCUAAUUUUCUGUGUAUAGAGGGGCCUGCUGUGUUCUUGCUAGUAUGAUGGGCAGGAGUCAUGAGAACCCCAUCCUUUAUCCCCAUUACCUCACACAGUGUCCUGGGUCCUGGAUCAUGGAGACACAUCGGUGAUUGAGACAUGGGUCUUGCUGUUUAGAAUGGGAAAUACACAUGAUAACACACAGGUGAGGUAUAUCAACUCUGUUGCCAUGACAGUAACAUGCUUAUGAUCCCCAUCCAGCAUAAUGAAGAACAAGGUCAAAACUUAGGUAUGGAGGGGCUCCCCUGGUGGCUCAGUGGUUAAGAAUCCGCCUGCCAAUGCAGGGGACAUGGGUUUGAGCCCUGGUCCAGGAAGAUCCCACAUGCUGUGGAGCAACUAAGCCCAUGUGCCACAGCUACUGAGCCUGCACUCUAGAGCCCAUGAGCCACAAUUACUGAGCCCGCAUGCCACAACUACUGAAGCCCACACCUACAGCCUGUGCUCUGCAACAAGAGAAGCCACUGCAAUGAGAAGCCGGCAUACCGCAAUGAAGAGUAACCCCUGCUUGCCACAACUAGGGAAAGCCCAUGUGCAGCAACGAAGACUCAACACAGCCAAAAAUAAAUAAAUAAAAUAAAUAAAUUUAAGACUUAGGCAUAGAGGACAGAUGUGAUCAGGAAGAGUGGUCUAGUGGCUGGCUACAAGCUUGGACUCUGGGGACAAUUGGGAUUCCAAUGCUCCUGAGCUGUGCCCAUCACCAGCUGGAUGACCUUGGUCAUGUUGCUUCCUCACAAGCCUCUCUUCGUGUCUGUAAAAGUGGAAAGAUGUAUGUUAAACUGUAAAGCAUGGGAAGAGGAACAGAUGGUAUACAAGGAUGAUAUCGUGCAGACCCAUGAGGGAUGGAAGAGCCCCAGCCAUGUUUGAAGAUGGAGAAGAGCACUCCUUGCAAAGGGAACAACAUGUACCAAGAUCCUGAGGCAGGCAAGAGCCGGAAUUGUUGGGGGAAAUAGACCAGUGUGUCCAAGGGAGACAAGUGGGCAGUGAGAUGGAGGGUUCAGGGCCCAACACACAUCAUGAGAAAUGUGGAUUUUAUUGCAACUGCUCUGGGAGGCUCAGGAAGGGAUUCAGCAGGACAGUGGAAUGAUGUUAUUUGUCUCUAAAUCUCCCUUUGGCUGCUCUGUGGGGAAUGAGGAGAAUCAAAAACUGAUGUGGGAGAGAGGAAAGAGGCCACUGUAGUCCAGGAGUAUGUUGACAGUGGACUGGCCUAGGAUGGUGGCAUUGGAGAUGAUGAGAUGAGGAUGACCUGGGACACGUUAAGAGGCAGAGCUGACAUUACAUGUUCAUCAUUUGGAUGCUGGGGUGAGCCCCAGGGAAUGACUUUUCUCCCUCAGUCCUCAAGAGAGAGCCCUCUGCAUUCAUGGGAAACGUGAGUCAUGGCUUGGCCUUGUGUUCCAUUUUCUUGAGCAGCACCUAGCAAGUGUGUUGAGUGAGCGAGUGAAGCUGAAGGUCCCUUUCUGGGACACAGAAAAGGCAGGAUGAUUCCUUGUCCCCAUGAUGGUAGUAUGGGCAGUUGAAUUUUCCAUGACCUUAUUUCUCUGACCAAGGAGGGGCCCUGGCCCUGCCCAGAUUAGAUGACUUUAGGCAGGAGGGUGCGUAGAGCAGUGAUGAGACUUGAGUCACUUCAGGCACUAUUCUCAACUGUGCUACUUACUGGUGGCCAUUACUCAGGGCAACUCAGGGACCUUUUGGGUUCUUGGUUUCCUCCCCUGUAUACUGGGAGAUCGAAUAACCAUUUGAACCCUCAUUUUCAUUAUUUACAAAACAAGUGUGUUGGCCAUCCCACUUUACCAGGUUGUGCAGGUUAAAGGAUAGUGUUGUAAAGUGCUUGUCACAGUGUUGGGUAUGUGUAUAUGCUUAAAAGUCAGCUAUUGUAACUCAUAUAUUACUCCUUUGGGUUAUCCUAUUCCUUCCUCACCAGAAGAUGUGCUGAUGGGAUUUCUAGUACAAAUAUACUGCAGUUCCUGAUGGCAUCUCAGCAGAUUUUAGUUCUUAAGAAGCUUGAUAAUGGGCUCUAGUGACAUUCUGCAUAAGGUCUUGGUUCCCUGUCAGGCAAAACCAAGAGUUUUCCCUGCCCCUUGUUUUUUUUUAACUGGUGGAGAUGGUGUGGCUGAGGAUGCCAUGGAAUAUUAGUUGUGCUUUGAAUGGACAUUUAAACCUUUCCUUGAAAAUCCCUUGUGAAGGGAAUUUUGAGCCAUCAAAAAGUACUUACUGCUAAUUUAAUUUAUUCCAUAUUUAUUUAAUGUAAUAGUUGAUAUACAUAAUUUGGGUUUAAAUAUGUCCUCUUAUUUUUCGGAUUUCUUUGUGUCACUUGUUCUUUCUAUGCCUGCCCCCCUCCACACCAAAAAACACUUUCUAUUACUUACAGAUUUUCUUUAUUCUAGUUUGGAAAGCAUAUACUCUAAUUCUGUUUGUUAUUGUCUAAGCUGAGAUUUACAAGCACUUAUUUAAAGAGUACAGAGUUAUACAUACUUUUUCCUCUUCCCAGGCUAUAUAAGGGACUUGGAACAUUAACCAAUACGUCCUAUCUCAGUAUAUGUGUUGAGACUUUGUGUUAAUUCCAUUAUUGUAACUCCAAAAGGAAGUGUUAUUACUGUUUAAUACAAAUCCUGAGCAGUUGUAUCCAUCCACAUAUGCAUUCCCCUCUUGGAUCCUCUAUUGCAGAUCUUUCAUCUGGGAUUGGUUUCCAAAUUCUUAAAUAUAAACUUUAGGAUUUCAUUUUAUGAUUGCUAAUCUUCCAUUAAAUUUCCCAUUUGGGGCUCAAAAUAGUCAUACUCUUUCUUGAAAGACAGCUUUGCUGUGUAUGGAAAUCUAGAUUGGCAGGGUUUUUUCUUCAUCAGGUCUUCGAAUAGUUCCUUCCACUGUAUUCCAGAACCAUAAUUAUAUUGGGAGUGAGUGUCAACUUACUUUGUUUAUAGCCUUCUGGUCUUAGUUUAGAUUAUUAACAGAAAUACUAACAUUAACAUGGAGGAAUGGGGUUUGGGGUUAUCACCCCCAAAGUAAUAAAUAGUGCUGAAUGUGUAAGAAUAAUAAUAAAAUGGAUUAUCUGGUGACUAAACUGAUGGAUUGUGUUAGAAACUGGGUAGAUGCUCUCCUAUCGAAUUUUCUCUUUAUGGACGCCCUGCUUUCCUUGUAUGGGCCAUGUAAAUGAGCUUGGGGCAAUGGAAUAUGGGCAGAAGUGAUCAUGAAAUUAUGUCUUCUAAUUUUUGCUCCUCCAGUGGGAUAUCCCCUUGGGUAUUAGUGGUUUCAGUUCUCACACUUGCUCAGGAUUUAGUGCCCUCUUGGGAACUGCAGUUUCAGGCUACCUAUGGACUGAUGGUGGGGUGGGACCCUUGUACUGGCAAUAUUAGCAAAUUCCCUGAUGAUACUGAUGCUACUGCUGGUUUGGGAACAACUGAAUUAGAGUGGGCUCUAGAGCGCAGGCUCAGUAGUUGUGGCGCACCUGGUUAGUUGCUCCGAGGCAUGUGGGAUCUUCCCAGACCAGGGAUUGAAUCCCUGUCCCCUGCAGGUGGAUUCUUAGCCACUGUGCCAUCAGAGAAGUCCCUCGUUUUGUUUUUUAAUUAUAUAUUUUUCCUGAGGUUCUGACAGGUUGAGGUUUGCCUAAGGCUGCACAGGCAGAGGUCUCCAGUUAGAUACCUUUCAGGAUGGGGCUUCGCCCAACGUGGCCACAAAACCCUGGCGUGGUCCCUGUCUUUGGAACCGCAGAGCAUUAUUUCUCAGGGUCCCUCGCAGGGCUGUUUGGCCUUUGCCAUGGAGAAUGGGAAGGGCCUAUCCUUACCUGGCGGGAGGUAGGACAGAAACUACAUUACCCGGAAGGCUGUGCUUGUGCGUGCACGAAGGGCGCUCAUCCAAUGACUACCCAGGAAAGAAGCGUUGCCUCCUGGGGAGGUGGA